AUGCGGCCGGCCGGACGCGCAGCCUUGCUACUCGGUGUGCUCUCAAUCGGAAACUUCGUCUUUGCCUCGGAGUACGGAGUGCCUGUAGAGAUUAAACUAUGGGACACCGGGAGGACCCCCUUGUCGCACAUGGUAGACGUUACCAAUGAAUUCGGCUUAAAGGUUUUAGCAGAACAUAAUUUCCUAAAUGAAAAUAACAUAGCUUUUUCACCCUAUGGUCUUAUGGGUAUACUAGUGGCCUUGUAUGAGGGAGUUGACGGUGAAAGCUCCUACCAAAUUCAGAAAGGAAUGCAGCUGCCCUGGAAUAGAAAUGUCAUGAGAAUAGGCUUCAGAGAUAUCCACCGCACUUUAAAAACAUAUUUUGUUCCAGAAGAAGGUUUUCUCGCAGGACUUGCAUUAAACAACGAAAACGUAACCUUCAAUGAAGGUUACAAAAAAAUCCUACGAUUUUAUGGGUUCGAUCUGGACAAUGACCAGUUGCCGACUACCCCUGUAAACAAUGAAACGAAUGCAUCUUCAACCCCAAGCAACGGGGAGAGCGCAGCGGCCACAGCCGCGCCCGUCACCGCCGCCACGGGCGCGGCGAGCACGCUGGCUCGCGAGGACCUGUCCAGCGCCGCUGCAACCACCACCAACCCUAAUGCGGAGACUAUCGGCGACCUUGACAUCCGCAUGAGCACUUCCUCACCAACCACUGCCAAUUCAGCUGCGCCUCAUUCUGAGACUACUACAUCCUUUAGUACACUACAAACAGACACAACUACCAGUGCGACCACUGCGGACUCGCUCAGUACAGCCACUACUAAUAUAGACAGAACGAACACUGAGUAUGUUUCUGAAAAUGUACAGUCUACAAUGAUUGACAGUACAACGAUGGUAGAAAUAAUAAAUGCUACUGAUAUUGAAGUGGAGACUGCUCCAAGUUCUUCUUCCACAUCUGAGUCAUCUACAGCGUUAACAAAUGAAGAAUUAGAAACGCCAUCAAGAAGUGGCCAGUUGUCUACCACGGUUACUAUCGACGCCGCCACCACCUCCACACAAGCACUGGAGUCUGAAACUACGGAGCAGCUUAUUACUGAGGCUAUAGACACUACAGAAACUAUUAGAACAACAGAAAAUAGCGAAUCAACCGUGGAAAUAGAGCGUCGUAAAAAAUCUGUCGUUAAUUUUAUAUUUACGAAUCCUCCAUACAUACACGAAAACGUAAUUUACAGAGGAUUUGACAUACCGAUACCUGUACAGAAUAACCCUAACAUUGGAAAUGACCAAAUGUUUUUAGCAAAUGGAUUGAAAAAUGUUCAGGUGUCGUAUAUGCAAUACGACGCAGUGCUGGAGCAUGCUUUCCUGCCGCACCUAGAGGCGGCGGCGCUGCGCCUGCCGCUCGACAGCGAGCGCUACUACCUGCUGGCGCUGCUGCCGGCGCGCGCGCACCCGGCCGAACUGGCGCGCCUGCUGGCCCGCCUGGCGCGCCACUCUGACCUGCGCGACGUGUACGCCGCGCUGCGCCCGCGCCAGGUGCGCGCCACGCUGCCCAGCUUUACUGUCAAAGGCCAUGUAACGCUUACUGCUGACUUGCAAAAGCUGGGCAUCGUUGAGGUGUUCGAGCCGCGGCAGCGCGACUUCGCGCCGAUGACGCCGCAGGCGGGCGUGUUCGUGCGCAGCAUCGAGCAGGCCGUCUCCGUGGCCAUCCGCAAGUACGGCGCCGACGACCGCAACGCCAGUAGGUAUGUCAAUCGGCCCCCAGUUCAUUUCUCGGCGACGUAUCCCUUCCUGUACUUCGUGAUGGACGCCAGCAUCCACGUCGCGCUCAUGGCUGGGAAAAUGGUGGAUCCUCUCAACUCGAGGAUUUUAUAGUUAUAAAAUCUCAUUGAAUCUUCAGCUAGGCUGUGAUAUCAAUCGGCACCGUGUAUUUUCCCCGCAAGUGGAAAUAUAAGUAUGCAGCUCGCACAAGCGGCGGGUGCCGUCGGUCACCGGUUAACUUUAAUACCUAUUUGCCAGUAUACGUACUUUUAAGAA